CGUUAAGUUUAGGGUAGGGGAGUUUAGGGUAGGGGUUAAGGUUAGAUUUAGAGUAGGGAAGUCCCAAGGAUCCCACUUUGUAUCUACCAUCAUUGCAGAGGCUGCCUCAUUUUGCAUAUAGAGUUUGGCUGUGGUGUGGGGCAUCUUUCUGAUCCAAUACGAUGCUGCAUAGUGGUUUGGUUUAGUUCAGGAUCCUAUAAAGAGUGUACUAUGUUGUCUGUAGGGUUUUAAAAUGCAGGUAACUUUCCCAGUUUUUUUUAAUACAGAAAUCCUGGUUGAAGGAUUCCAGAUGCCCUGCUGAUUCUGGGAAUCUUCCCACUGCGAUUUCAGGAAAAACCUGGGGAUUUUGGGAAAGCUACCAGAACCCACCAUUAGAUCAACCAGAUACCUAACUAACUGUCUGUACCUGUCUCUCUCCCCCCUCAUCCUCCUCUUCCUCUUCCCUGACGCUUGACCUGGGCAGCAGAGAGACAGAGAAGUGAUGUCAUCAACAGUGGACCGGGACAGCAUGGUGACUAAGAGUUCCCUUUACACCCGGACGGCGGGCUACGGAGACGGGGAGAGGGAGAGCCCCUACCAACCCAAAGACCUAGAUUAUUCUCUGGGCAUCGCACGAGAAGAGAUCGUGUCCAAGGAGAAGGAGGUACUGGAGUGGCAGAGGAAGUACGAGGACAGUCGACAGGAAGUGCUGGAGAUGAGGAGAAUCGUGUCAGAGUAUGAGAAGACCAUUGCACAGAUGAUUGACGAUGAGCAGAGGAUAUGUCUCUGUCUCACCCACAACCAUCCAGCAGCUGAUCAUAGAGAAGGACCAGGCUCUUUCAGACCUCAACUCAGUAGAGAAAAAAUGAGGAGGUGUGAAGAGGUGUGCUCAGAGUACCUGUCCCGGGUGAGGAAAGAGGAACAACGAUACCAUGCCCUGAAGAUCCAUGCAGAGGAGAAACUAGACAGUGAGCCCUGA